GUGAAAAUGCUUCCUCCUGUAGUGGACUUUGAGCUCUGAGCACGUCGGUUUAGCUGUUUGUGUGCAGAUAUUCCAUCAUGAACUCCAGCAUCGUGAACUCUUUAGCCAAAAUGUACGAUCCGAACCCUCUUCACGGUCAGAAGCUUCAUGGAAGGAAGUUCUCUCUGAGUGGAUCAGACCGGCCUCCGGCUUCAUCCUCAGCUCACCACGAAGCUGCGCUGCGCUGCAUGGAGAGCAGGAUGGACUCCCUGAGCUCCCAGAUGGAGCACUUGCUCACCAUGCAGCAGACCGUGCUGACCCGGCUGGACAGCCUGUCCCAGGACGUGAGGGGAAUGGGCCGGGACCUGGCCUCCAUUGGCGAGGACGGGAGAAGCGGCUCAGAGAUGGAGGCGGUUUGCAGGGAGCUGAGCGGGGCUUUGGACAGGGCGGGCGAGCGCAUAGAGAGUCACGGGCGCAGGCUGGACGGGGUGGAGAAGCUGGUGGGGGGCACCCAGCAGGUGAUCAGCCUCAUCGGGGAGGUGGUGAAGAACUCCAGGCUGGUGGAGCUUUUAUUCAAACAGCCCAGAAACAAAAGCAGCAGGAAGGCAAAGGACGACAAAGACAAAACCAAACAGAACCUGAAGGGAGGAAAAGCUCAGAAGAAACGAAAACCCCAGGACUCAUCAGAUUCCUCCUGUCUGAAUGAGUCUGUGCUGCAGAAACAGGUGGAAAAGCUCAACAAGGAAAACUCUGAGCAUUCCCAUUUGAACGCGGAGGCUGACAUCCAGGGCACUGAGGACGCAGGAAGUACAGGACGAAGACAGGAAGCGGCAGAGCUGAUCCUGGAUGGGUCAGACACUCCUGCGAGACAAGCAGAGGACAGGAGGAAGGAGGCUGAGGAGCGAGAGGACGAUAAAGAAGAUGCCUUUGACGACACAGACGAAGAGGAAGAGGAGCAACGGGCAGAAGAUUUGACAGAGCAGAGCAGGGAAGAGGAGGACGGUAUAGAGAAGGGGCUCGAAGGAGAAGAAGUGUCAUCAGAAUCAGAGAAGGACCCCAGCUCCCAGGAGAGCUCUGACGAUGCCGGAGCUUCUAGCAAACGUCGCGUCACAGACGAAGACCUGGUGAAGGACGACCUGAAGAAGAGCAGGGUGGAGGACAACGAGGAGGGCGGCGCUCAGAGGCACGAGGGGGAGGCCUCAAAAUCUGAAGAAGCAAAGGCAGAAGCUGAGGAGUCGGCAGUGAAAGAGUUCCUGAUCGACUCAAGCCCCCCACCGUUAGCGCCCUUCGACCACCGCAUCGUGACUCCCAAACCCCACCAGAUCGCCACCUAUUACACCAUAAACAGGGAGGAAGUCCUCGGCGGGGGUCGUUUCGGACAAGUCUACAAGUGCCUGGAGAAGUCGUCUGGUCUGACUCUUGCUGCCAAAAUCAUCAAAGCUCGGAACCAGAAGGAGAAGGAGGUGGUGAGGAACGAGAUCCAGGUGAUGAACCAGCUGAACCAUGCCAACCUCAUCCAGCUGUACGCUGCCUUUGAGUCACGCCACGACAUCAUCCUGGUCAUGGAGUACGUGGAAGGAGGGGAGCUGUUCGAUCGCAUCAUCGAUGAGAACUACAACCUGACGGAGCUCGACACCGUGCUGUUCAUCCAGCAGAUCACCGAAGGCCUGCAGUACAUGCACAAGAACUACAUCUUACACCUGGAUCUCAAGCCAGAGAACAUUCUUUGCAUCAGCAGAGCUACUAACAAAAUCAAAAUCAUUGACUUCGGCCUGGCGAGGAGGUACAAGCCCAGAGAGAAGCUGAGGGUCAACUUCGGAACGCCUGAAUUUUUAGCUCCUGAAGUCAUCAACUAUGAGUUUGUUUCAUUCCCUACGGACAUGUGGAGCCUCGGCGUCAUCACGUACAUGCUGCUCAGCGGCUUGUCUCCGUUUCUGGGGGACGACGACAACGAGACGCUCAACAACAUUUUGUCCUGCCAGUGGAACUUCGAGGAGGAGGAGUUCGCCGACAUUUCAGACGAAGCCAAAGACUUCAUCACACGCCUGCUGGUGAAAAGCAAGAGCUGGAGGAUGAGUGCCACCGAGUCCCUCAGACACGCCUGGCUGUCAGACCAAAACCUGCACCAUCGACUACACCAGAAGAAAAACAAGUGCCACUCCUCGCGCACUCCUCCCCAGGAGAGCUGAACAGAGGCACAGUUUGCAUUAUGACGUUUAAGGGCCCCAGCGCCCAAUACUUGGACCAAUCCUGCUGUACCAGUAUGGCCACUGGGCUUCUAUUCUGCCUCACGUUUUUGCCUUUGCAUCGCUGCACAUCAUGUAGAUCUGAGCUGGAAAUUAAGCUAUUUUUUUUAUAAUCGCCUGCUUGCAGAGUUGUUAGAACAACAAGCUCUUUCCUAAACCAGUAACGACUCUCCAGUUAUAUCCAAAUACUCUGAAAUAUUGCAACAAGUGUCACUUUUAUGAUUGCUGAUGAAUGUACCGCUGUAAAAUUGAAAAGUUGUCUGUUUGUGUCGUUAAAUAUUUUGUUGUCCAGGCUUAUUUUGCAUGCUUUGUUUUAGACCACUUUCUUCCAAAAAACUUUGUAAAGAAAAUGCAGAAAGAUUUUCAUUAGGUUUAAAUUUUAUUUUUUUUAUUUACAAGUCUUAUCAGGAAGUUACUCAAAUUGGUUAAAAUUAAAGUGUCCGUCCCAUUAAUUUAUUUUGUAUAUACCGCAGCACAGCUUAUUCCGCCUGAACGUUUCCUAGAGAAUUCUUGUUUAUUUGUGCAACACCUUUAGCUCUUUUCCACGGCAGCCUGCUUCUCUGUCUGUCUGCGUUCAUGUUGUUUUUGCUCGAGCAGUUUGGAGAACCCCUUUCACCUUCCAUGAAGGCAUACC